AUGCCUGGACGAUUCAACGAGAGGACGAAACACGCGCCAAUUGCGUCCUCUACAUCUCUCGUGGACGCGAAACCCAGGAAACGCAGCCUGGGCAAGAACUUGCACAAAUUCCAGCCUGUAUUCCGCCUAGCAGGAAAGACAAAGAAGGCAGUGCGUGUCGCUCUGCCUAAAAAGUCUGCAGCAGAGGAUGCGGAACCCAGCUCCGCGAAACGUCCCAGCACACCCGUCCCUACAAACUCGUCACUAUCGUCCCCGUGUCUUAUCUUCCCCGCCCAUCCAACAUCCAACCCGUCAACGCCGAGGCGAUCGUUUGUUGUUCCACCAACUCCGACAAGGUUGGGCGCAUCACCUCUUCUGGGCGCGUCGCCGUUAUCGCCAUCUCCACCUUCCAACUCCGAAUUCAAUCUAUCGCCUAUUGUCACCCCCUUCAUGAACCCCGACUUCAAAACUUCACGUCAUCACCGGGCCACCCAUCAGGCGUGGAAGGCCUGGCAGGACAAAAUCAUCCCCCGCCUCGUUCCAAUAUUCAGUGAUGUCUUCUUUUCGACGAGGGGCCUCCAGCGCCUUCAGGAUCUUCCAAGACUGUGUCGUCGAAUCUGCACCUGCGCUUCGACCCGGCUUUGUAAGGUCUCGGUUUGGCGAAUGCACGAGAUCCAAGACGUCGAGAUCGAUGUUUGUCAAUGUGUCCCGGCGGCGGAGCAGUUGCUGCGCUCAGGGUCGUUUCCCUCGUCACCAUUGCUGCCGUCAUUUGCGGUGGAUCUCCAUGUACUGGAGUUGACUCGAGAAGUGUUUCUUCGCACUUCGCCAAACAACACCGCAUGGACAACAGCGCUGGAAUCCUUCCUCCGAGGCUUGGGAUUCCAGUUAGACCAUGAGGGAUCGUUGCAACGCUCUUUUGCGUCGGCACUGGAGUGGUAUCUGCAUCUGCGUAACGUGGUGGAUGCAGAGGUUGAUGAGCAGCAGGAGAAAGUUCGUCGCGACCUGGUUGGUCCUGCCGUGAAAGACGACCAGCAUUUGGCAUCUCGCGCUGAGGCGGGUACCAGGCAUGGCGAGCACAAACGGCCGUUAGACCAUCCCAAUCCAUUUGGUGCGCCAAUGCACCGGACACGGGCCUCGGAAUAUCUGCGUCGCCGCUGCCCCGCAUGCUUUGGGGAUGUCAAGCAUGAUCCAAGUUCUACUGCGGAUGUUUGUGUGUGCACGGACGCAUGCUUCACACAUAAGCGGGAGGCGGGAAACAUGGAUCCACCGAAGACACAUCCCAGGAAUGUCUUCCUCAACCCCCAGACCUGCGAGGAUAUGGAGCAGUAUGUUGAUGAAGUCCGAGGUAGCGGUCCUGCGCGAGAAUCCCGUGCCCACAAACGCUGCCGGAGGGAUGCCUCGACCUACUCCCCCUCGAAGGAACAGGUGGACAAUGAGGAUGAGGAGGAAGAUCGCGUCGAGGAGGGCUUGCAGGUUCCCAAGUCCGUUCUGGACGGCUGCGAGGAAUCGUUCAGAGCGGCAGAUGAAAGCCGGAUGAGAUCUGACGCCAGGGAAUUUGACGACACUGGAGUCAUGGCGCUCCUCUGUCGCCAUGAUCGCGUUCUGUGGAUGGCAAACAUGAAGUCGAAGGGAGAGAAGCAAUUCUACGUUCUCGCCCUUCUCGAAACCUUGUUCCAGCACCUCCCAGACGAUGUGAUGGUGGCCAUUCUCUAUGACAUUGCCUGCCAACUCCAUCGCUCCCUGCACAAGUGGGGCUUCCUUGCCCCGUUUAUCACCCGGAUGGUUUUUGCGGUCGUGGUCUUCCAUGCCUUUGUGCACCGCCUGGAGUGUCAAGUUCGGUAUCACCCUCGGAAACGGGAGGGGCUGGGAUUUACUAGUGGUGAGGGAUGUGAGCGACUGUGGCAUCAGCUCAGUCGCCUGAUUGGCCAUCUCCGUAUCUCCGGGUCCUAUCAUCGAUUGUAUACAUUGAAUGCCCAAGUCCAAUUCAUUGAACAGAACAGCCUUCGCACAUUGGGCGCUUGGAUAUCUCGUCGGCAGGCUUUCAGCGACGAGAAACGCGAGAUGGCUCAAGCCAUCCUGGCCCAUGUUGCCACAAAGGGCUUCGAUCGCGAUGCAUUGGCCAAGCAAUGGGAUCUUCAAGUGGAAGCACAGACAAAGCCGCAUCCCAAUCGUUCCAAGCGCCUCGGGAUUGAGGCGGUCAACGAGGUGCUAGCGCUUCGCGAGGAGAAAAAGUGCGCGCGCGUGCGCGUGGAAGAGGCUCAAGAAGCCUGGGACAAUGCUUCCGAGGCUGAGGAGCAUUCCCAGCUGAUGGCGCGGUCAGCGCUCCUCGAAGCCAAGAUGGAUCUCGAGUCCAUUGAGGAAUCUCUCAAACAGAAGGAGGCGGUGCUUGGCAUAGACAGCAGGGCGAGACUCAAUAAAGCAAAGUCUAAUAAGUUCUUCGAGCAGAGAAUGAAUGCCCUUGCACUGAAGACACGGAUUCGUGAUCUUCUGCGAUCUCGGAACAUGGAGCUGUCAGAGUUGAAGAGAUCAGGUCAUCGGCAGCAAGGUUCCUCUGAUUGGAAACUUCGGAAUGCAAUUGCUUCAUCAGUAAGCAAGAGGCUGCCACGCAUUCGGCGACUCGUGGGGGAGUUCAACAAGCUCUGCGCAAAGCUAGCGGACAUGGCCAUCCACAAUCAGGCACCCAGAGGAGCCAAGAUACCCGUUCCAAUAGUCACAAAGAAAGUCCCAAACCUCGAUGUCGAUGACAAGAUCUGGGAUGAUGUUGGGUUGACAGAUGAGGACUCCAGUAGCGCUCCCCCCGACUGGUUGGUAAACGAAUCGGUCAAGGAGGGUAUCAAGGCUCUUCUUGACGAGAGGCGCGCAUUGGAAGAGGAUCGGUUCCUGCGCAACGAGCGGAGGUCGAUGAAGGCAUGGUUUCAAGAGGAAUGGUCAGUGAUCAACCAUGCUAUCUGCACUGCAGGUGACCCCGCUUUACAAUACCAGUUCGAGAUUCGACGGGUGAAAUUGAUUGAGCUCUGUGCGGAUUGGCGCAAAGAUUUGCCAGCCGAGGACUUUGAAACCAAUUGGGGUCCCUCCGACUCGGACUUGAGUCAGGCUCAAGAAAAGAUGCACCAGCGGCACCGGAACGGUGACCCGGUGAACAGUGACGAGCUCUCAGUCAUUCAGGAGGAUGUGUGUGAGAACGAUAGCUGGGAGUGGGGGGGACCUGAAUGA